CAUGGUAGUGAAGUUCUCUGCCUGCUGUCCAAUAAUUAACUUGUGGACUGAUAACAGGAAGAAAAGGAAACUUGUGGGUGGAAGAGAAGGGAGUGAGUGAAGGUCAGAAAGACAUGAGAUAAAGUCAAAUCAGCAGAAAAAGGAAGGACUCUGACUCAGCAGCAGCGCUCAGAGGGGAGAAAGAGGAAGAGGAAAGCUGUGGCGCUGCACAGUUGUGAACAGAGCUGCUGCUUUUGCUGUUUUUGUCUCACGGUGAUCAGAUGUACUCUGUGGAGGACACACAGGUGGCCGGGACCAUCGAGCUGAAUGACAGCUGUCGAAUGCCGGUCCUGGGUCUCGGGACAUGGAAGUCCUCUCAUCUGUCACAGACAUCGAUCCAGGGCGCCGUGGAGACCGCCAUUGCGGCUGGCUGCCGCCACAUAGACACCGCCUACAGCUAUCAAAACGAGGUGGACAUCGGGAAGGCUCUCCGCUCCAAGAUGCAGCAGGGCAUCAUCCGGCGUGAGGACGUGUUCAUAGUCAGCAAGCUGUGGUGUACCCAUCAUGCCCCAGAAGACAUCCCUGUGUGCCUCAAUAAGUCCCUACGUGAUCUCCAGCUGGACUACCUGGAUCUUUACCUUGUGCAUUUCCCUGUUGGCUUAAAGAAAAUGGGUGAUGAGCUUUUCCCAAAGAAGGAUGGAAAGAUUCAGACCUCUGAUGUAGACUACGUAGAUGUGUGGAGGGGGAUGGAAGCCCUGCAAGCCUCAGGGAAGGUGAGGAGCAUCGGUGUGUCCAACUUCAGCAUCCUGCAGCUGGAGAGGCUUCUUGCUCUGUGCAGGGUUCCCCCUGCUGUCAAUCAGGUGGAGCUACAUCCUUACCUGGUUCAGACAGAGAUGAUAGAGUUCUGCAAAUCCAGGAACAUCGCCUUGACAGCCUACAGCCCCUUCGGUUCACCUGGAAGAUCAUCGGAACUCCUCAGAGAAGACAGCGAUCCCUAUCAGCUGCUGCAGGACCCAGUUGUUGCAGAUAUAGCCAAGAAGCACAGACGCAGCCCUGCACAGGUGCUGCUGAGGUACCAUGUGCAGCAGGGUAUAGCGGUCAUCCCCAAGAGUGAAAAGCCUCAUCACAUCCUUGAAAACACAAAGAUUUUUGACUUCAGUCUGACUGAAGAAGACAUGAGUGCACUGAAAGGACUGAACCGAGGGUGGAAGGCCUGCGUAAUUGAUGAGAUCAAGUCUCACCCGUACUACCCCUUCGUUUGAGGCCGCUGCGAGGGAAGAUGCCACACUGGAUCACCCAACGCCGAAGCCUCCGUCAAAGGCUUGUUUACUAAUAAUGAUGAAUGUGACAAACAAAUAUGUGGCCAAUGAUACAGAAAAGCUCUCUUCUAUUUUUCUAAUGUUUUACAUCAUUUUGAAUCAAAAGCAAAUGUUACAAAUGCUCAACAAAUACUUUUGAAACUAUUUUAUUAAAAAAAAUACAGGACUGAGCGUGACGCGCAGUCUGUGUGUCAAGGUUGUUGUUGCUGCCCAUAUAAUAAAUAAUCUGUGUAAUGAA